AUGGCACGCGUCAGCGCGUUGGGCGACCGCACAUCCAGGCAGCAGGUGGACGAGCCGUGCAGGCAGCCGGAGCUUCACAAGCUUGAUGCCUAUCCUUGGGCAGGCGCCUGGGGCGGCCCGGCCCGGCCCUACGCGAAGCCUUCGGCGCCGGUGAAGCUGCGCAUCUGCCGGCCGCUGCAAGCGCGCCGCCGGAGGUUUGGUGCGCCAGAAGCACCGCUGGAGUUGCGGCCGGAGCUGUUGGAAGCGCUGGACGCCUGGAGGAAUUUGGAGACACGGCAGCUACGGAGGCUCAGGUGCAAAGCGCAGUCGGAGCCGCUGCAGGGCCCAGCGCACCGCGCCAUGCUGGCCAUCGCGCAGCUGGUGCCUUCGGAACCUUCGGAGCUGGACGCACUGGGGACCUGUCGGCAGCUUCCCACUGACCCGCAGCAGCUGCUGAGCCGACUGGCUUCCGUGACUUACGAGCAGUUCCAAGCCGCCCGGAGCUCCCUCAGCGCCUCCCCCGCCGUCAGCCCCUCCCCGCGCGCCGCCGCCCGCGACGCGGCAAGCGCGGAGCGGCUGGUGACGCAGCUGGCGGCGGCGAUGCUCGGCGCCUUGGCGCCGCGCUUCGGGAGCGAGGCGGCCAUCGCGGAGCCAGCACCCCCGCCCCCGCCGCCGGAGCCUUCGCCGCCGGCGGAGGUGGCAGCGCCGAAGGCAGCGAAGGAGCUGCCGCCCGCUGUGGCGAAGCAGUUGGCAGCUGCCGGGCACCUGAGGCGCGCCUUGCUGGGCAAUGCCGAGUUGGAGGGCAUCAAUUUGGAGGGCCGCGACAUGCAGGAGGCCUACCUGGAGGGCGCUUCUUUGCGCCGGGCCUCGCUGCGCCGCUGCCGCCUGGAGGCUGCCAGCCUCGGCGAGGCCAAUUUGACGGCCGCGUGCCUGGACGGCGCCCAACUCUGCCGGGCCAUGAUGAGCAACGCCCAGCUGGGCCAAUGCUCCGCAGAGGGCGCCAACUUCCUAGAAGCCAGCAUGAACGGCGUUGGCCUGCGCAGCGCGCGCCUGGCGAAGGCGAACUUCCGCCAGGCCGCGCUGCAGCGCGCCAACCUCAGCGACGCGCAUUUGCACCAGGCCAACCUCGAGGGCGCGGACCUCUGCCACGCUGUGCUGAACGGCGCCAGCCUCACGCAGGCCAACCUGCGCCACGUGAGGCUGAGGUCUGCGCAGCUGAAGAACGCCAAGCUGCACAGCUGCGACCUGGAGGGGGCCGACCUCAGCGCCGACCUCCAGGGAGUGACCAUCAUCAACUGCCAGGGUCUGAAUCUGAAGCUCAGCAAGGCUUGCCUCCUGAAGGCCACGCUGCAGAGUUGCCGCUUCCAAGUCUCUGCCACGGAGUCCGACUUCACGGAAGCCCAGCUCGAGGAUGUGACGUGCCUAGAUAGCGAGCUCCUGAGAUCAACUUGGACAGCCGCGAAGUGCACAAAGGUGGCCCUGGUGGGCGCCCAGUUGGCCGGCGCGGACUUCUCCGGCGCUAGGCUGAAACAGUGCAACUUCUCCCAGGCUGACUUGAAGAACAGCAAGUUCCACUCGGCCUCGACGUCCGGCGCCAACUUCCAGGGCUGCGACUUGUCCAACGCGCAGCUCCCGCGGUGCGAUCUCUCGGGCGCGGACCUGCGAAACGCCGUGGGCCACGGCAUUUGCCUUGAGUCCGCGCGGCUCAAGAAGGCGAUGCUGCAGAAUUUUGUGGCGAGAGGUGCUGACCUGCAGCAAGCGCAGCUGCAGCACGCGGAGCUCGAGGACGCGCAGCUGCCGCUGCUGCGGGCCGAUGGCGCCAACCUCCAAGAGGCGUCCCUGGCAAGGUCGCAGCUGCCGGAGCUGCGGGCGGAGGCCGCCGUGUGGCGCCUCUGCAACCUGCAGUUUGCCCAACUGCCGGGCGCGCAGCUGGCGAAGGGUGACUUCCAGGGGGCGAACCUCAGCUCGGCGGACCUCUCCGGCGCAGACCUGCGGAGCUGCAACUUCCAUAGCGCAGAGCUGGGCGAGGCCCGGCUUGACCGUGCGGAGAUGGUGGACGUGGAUCUACGAAACACGCGCAUGGAGCGGACGUCGCUGCAGGAGGCAGACCUCACCAACGCUCAGCUUCAGAACUGCCAGGGUGUCGGGCUGACGCUGCGCGGCGCCGUGCUGCACGGCGCGAACCUCGGCAGCGCGUCCUUGCCGGAAAGCGACCUGCGCAAGGCCAAGGGCAAAGGCCUGGUGCUGCGCAAGGCGCGAAUGCCCAAAGCAGACCUCAGCCAGGCGUGCUUCCGAGACCUCGAGGCUGAGGCCUUGGAGCUUUCAGGCGGCAACCUGUCCGGCGCCCUGCUGCAGAACGCCCGGCUGGUGGCGGCCUCGCUGGAUGGGGCGGACCUCAGCCAGGCGCAGCUGUCAGGCGCCAAAAUGGCGCGGGUGAACCUUUGCAACUCCAAGCUGGACAAUGCGAAUUUGCAGGGCGCCGACCUCAAGGAGUCCAUUUGUGAUGCCGCCUCCUUUGUAGAGGCGCAGAUGCGCGGGGCGCAGCUAGACGGCGCACACUUGGCGAAGGCCAAGCUGGAACGCGCCGUGCUCAGCGGCGUGUCGCUGCAGCACGCGAAGCUGGCAGGCCUGCAGGCGCCUUAUGCCCGGCUCUUGGAGGCCGACCUCUCCUACGCCUCUGGUCUGGGCUGCCAGCUGCAGGGCUGCGAGCUCCGGAAGGCCAAGCUGUGGAAGACCCAGCUCCAGGAGGCCUGCUUGGAUGACGCCAAUCUCCACGAUGCCAGCCUCAGGGGCAGCGACCUCAGCCGCAGCUCCAUGCGGCGGGCGAGGCUCGUGCGCUGCGACCUGUGGCAGACGCAACUGGCGCAGGCGGACCUGGAAGGCGCGGAUUUCAUGCAGGCCUCCCUGCAAGAAACGAACCUGGAGAAGGCAUCUUUGCGGGACGCCCAGCUGGGAGAUAGCCAGCUGCUGCAGCCCACGCUGCGCGGCGCGGACUUGCGCGGGGCGCAGCUGCCGGAGCUCUCCCGCAGCCUGCGGCGGGAGAUGGAGCAAGCCUUGCUUGACAGGCCUCUGGCGUAG